AUUUUUAAAAAAUCUUAUUUUAUUCUUGCUGUCCUGUGAUGGUAUCUGACUGAGGAUUUUGAAAUCCAUCGCUGAAAUAGUUUUGCCUCUAAUUCUGAUCUGUUUUUUUAAACAUAGGACGGGGCAUAGAAAACAAAAGCACAGUUUACCUUUAUGUUCUACAAGAGGAAGUAGAAUAUAAAUGUCAAUGUAUGGGAAACAUGAGUGCCCAGGUGAUUUUACAUGUGACUGUGUAUGUUAAAUACAACUGCAUUUAUCAUUAUUUUUUAUUUAAGUGUAAUUAUAUUUGAGGAGAAAGAAACUUAAUAGAUCGAUAAAUCCUAAAGAUACAGAUGGAUUAAUACAAAACGUUUCUUUUUUAAAUGUGAACCGUUGACAAACCAAAAGAAAAACCCUAACGUGAGUGUAUUAGUAGUUCGUCCCCAGUCGGUGUACGCCUGACACCAAACCAUUCGCCCUCCGCCGUGAAGCCCCGCCCCUCCAGCCGCUGUCACUGCCGCAACAGCAGAUAUGGCUUCUGUUAGCUAAAGGCUGCUGGUAAUGGAGAUGAUUUGACCCCUUUCUUCUCACCUUGUUACUAUUUAUUUAGCUUAUUCAGCACACAGACGGUCAGAACUUAAACCCAGAAUGUGCUCUGUUGUCGGUUGUGAUUCGUUUCGUAGAAACGCGAAGCGGUUUAAGUUACCAGAAGACCCGGAGGAGAGACUGGAGUGGGUCCAAUUUGUUCUGGAAGUCAACGGACAGCGACUGAAAGAAUCCUCCUGGACUGAUAUCACCAUCUGUAGCGAACAUUUUACUAAUGACUGCUUCGUAGAUCAGAGUUUACAGCUGAGGUCCGGUUCUGUCCCAUCACUGUGUGCCAGGUCAGAGCCAGAGGAAGCUCAGGAGUCUGUGGAAACCACACAAGUUUUUCCUCAGGAUGAUCAACUCAGAGCAUGUGACAGUCCGGCGUCUGCUUCAGAAAAGUCUUCCAUUUGUAUGACUGCCCCAGAAAGCCCAGUGCCAGGUGACACCUCUGAUUCUUUCUCUGAUUAUGGAUCCUUGCUACAGAAAGUUGUGAACAUUGAUAUGAUCCAGGAAAAAGCUGCUCUUCUUCAGAUGAAAGGGAAGUAUGUUGUGAAUGAAAACCAACUCCUGCAGCUGUUCAACAGCAAGUGCCCUUUCUGCGGUUCUAAAGUAAAUGUGGAGAAGGCUGCCCACGGGGUCGUCGUCGUCUUGAACCAGCAGUGCCUGAGCUGUGACUACAGAAACCAGUGGAAAAGUUUAGUCAAUGCCAGCGUCCCUGCAGCUGAAGAGAAACCCCUGCCAGGAGGGACAGGAGUCAAAUCAGAGACGGUGUCAGUGGAUGAUGAUCACAGCAGCAUCACUCGUGUCUCUGAGUCAGUUGAAGUCACUGACAAGCAGAGUGAGCCAGCAGACGAAGCAGAGGAGUCCAGUGAUGAAGGUGGCACGGACUCAGAUGAGAACUGGAAGCCAGUGACGCAGCCAAACGAGGUUCAGAGUGAUUCUGAGGAGGACAGUGAAAGUGAAUAUGAAGGUGAUUAUCCGUCUCUCUUCCCCCAACACAGUCAGCUCUGCACGGAUUGUGGAAAGUUUUUUAGUAAAAGAAAGUCACACACCUGUGAGCACAAGAUAAAGCCCUAUUCUUGCUAUAUUUGUGGCAAAAGGUGUGUCAGUGAGAUCGCUCUAAAUUCUCACAGCAGAAUCCACGAUGAAAACUAUGAGCAUCGGUGCAAAUAUUGUCAUGUUGUAUUCAAAACCAAGGUGGCUAAAAUGACUCAUGAGCAGACCCACCAAACUGAAGGAAAACCCUAUAAAUGCCCAGACUGUUCUGAGACGUUUGCCUCUAAUAAGGAGCGAACACUUCACCUGGUAGAUCACAGAGGCCCCAGGCAGCUAAAGUGUCACAUCUGUGGGAUUGAAUUCAGCCGCCCUACUCCUCUCCGGAGACACUUGGCGGUUCACACUGGAGCAAAGCCGUUUAAGUGCUCGGUGUGCCAACGUGGCUUCAACCAGUCGAGUCACCUGAAAUCCCACAUGCGCCUGCACACGGGGGAGAGGCCUUACAAGUGUCAGCACUGUGAGAAACGCUUCAAUCACAACGUGAGCUUGAAGAGUCACAUCCAGCGUUACCACACAUCCAGCUCUGGAUGUGUGCAGAAUAAAUGUCAAGUAAACAAAACUGUGAGUGAUGGGGAGAAAGAGCAGACUAAAGAAAAGGAGGUAGAGAAGGAGAGGGUACAUGUGCCAAAAAAGAGGAGCACUGGUAGACCCAUAGGACGGCCUAAGAGAAAUACGGCAGGAGAAAUGCAAGGUUCAAAUAAGAAGACCGCCAAAGUAAAAGCACGGAGGAGAGCACGCUGCAGCGACGAAGAUCGUGACGUAACUGUGGAGGAGGAGGAGAGGAGUGAGAAAGUCGCCCCACGCAAAUCAAAAGGAAGACCAAAAAACUCUGACUGUGACUCAAGGAAGCGUCGGUUGAAGACUUUUAGAAAGACACGGACCUAAAAAACAUUAUUGAGUUGAAGAGACAAUUAUACAUGAACUAUUAAACAUGAAGGGCUCAAUGUAAACUGGGAUAUCUUCAGAUUUCAUUGUUUAUUACUGUUAAGACUCUAUUUCACCAUUUUAAUCCAGUUAACUGGUCAGAAGUGGGUAAAAGUAAACUAAACUGGCAAAAUUUCAAGUGCCUGUUUUCUGCCAUAAGAAAGCUGUAGAAGAGGAUGAGAAGUGCUCUCAUAUUAGUGCCAUCAGUUCUCUUGUACCACAGUUUGUCCUCUGUUGGGUUAGUGUGUACAAUUAGGCGAUAAGGCAAUAAUCUUUCAUUCUGGUGAUAGACUUUUCAUCUAUACAAGAAGAAAAUUACUCAGUAGAAAUCAUUAUGGGCAGAGCUCCACAAAGAAAACAUCAUGAAAAUGUAAAGUUUCAUAAACAAACUUCAAGUGAACUCCCUCAGUGAAGACAGUGAAGUCCUAUUUGCCCUCUGCUCUGUUCUGCCGUGAUGGCUUCCAAGAUCUGCCAGCUGAGUCUAUCGUCACCGAUUUACUUCCAUUUUUUUGUUUUACAUGUAUGAAUGUAAGAUAGUUUAUUCAUUGUUAUUUAUUUUAAUGUCUAAAUUUAUUUGUAUGUGUUUUUUUAAGCUGUUGUUCUGUUAAUGUUAAAAUUAUUACCUGCUUACCUUGAUAAAUAGGCUGAAGUGGUUAAAUUCAAAGUAAGGUUGAUAAAUAUCAAUCAAACCUUAUUUUCUCCUGGCCUUAAUUAAAAUACCUCAUUGUAAUAAUUGUAGAUUAAUACUGAAGACAUCCAAACUAUAAAAGAAUACACAUGGAAUUAUGUUGUACACAAAAAAGUGUCAGUCCCAGCCCUAUUUACAGUUAUCAGAGGGUUGACGAUGCAUUUCAACAACUUUGAGCAAACAGAGCCUGAAAAGCAACUUCAGUUGCGCAAGAAGCUCAUAACUGAAGAAGGAAUACAGCGGUUUGAUUGAGGAAACUGAGGUUUCCCCUGUAGGUGGUUAUAAUGUUGUAAUGCAAUUCUAUAAUGUCAACAUGAAAAGCACUCAGAGAGCACAGUACUCCGCCAAGGCUGCUCUGUCAUAUAUGAUUUCUGAGGGAUAAGUCCGCAGUGGUGGAUCUGUAGUAGGAUCACAAUCAUGUGAUCGUCAGCAGGCAGUGUUCACUUGUUGUCAUAGUUACAGUGACGCCAUGCCGCUGUCUCGCAAUGAUACGGAAAUCCUUAACACAUCCGUGGAUUCAGACUAUAAUCCACAUCACUGUCCUAAUCUAAUCAAUUGGUCCUUGUGUCAUUUCUGACCUCUGAAAAUUUCAUCCAAAUCCAUUAGUCCAUUUUUAAGUAAUAUUGUGAACAGACAUACAGACAAACCAACCGCAAUCGUCACAUAAUUCUGCCGCGUUCCUUGGUGGAGUAAUUGUAACAAAUUGUUUGUUUGUGCAGAUAAAUAAGAAGCUAAUGUCAAGACAAGUCUGUAUGAUUUUGUAGUGGGAAAACUGCGUGUUACUCUCAGCAUUAACAGUGACUCUGCUCUAUUUAAAGGUGGAGUUUCUGGUGAAAGAUUGUUCCUAUUUCAGCAGAUGUUUAUGUGUUAUCAUGUGCCAGAUUUACUAUCCCUGUAGCUCUUACUGUGAGGUGGUGUAUAAACACUGGACUCUCUUUCAGCAUGCACACAGAAUGGACAGUUAACAGAGUGUAAUGGGAUAUGGACUACAUUUGAUAAGUGUAUUGAAUUAGAAUUGCAUACUCAGUAAACUGUGACAGCGAGACCCUGAAACUAAAUUAACUUCCUAAUGUAUCUUCUGUUUAAACUACUGCUAUUCCUGAUGUGACAUUUCAAAGUGUCCUGUGUGAAAAAAGAAAUAUUGUUCACAUGUUUGACUUUCA